AUGGCUUCACGAUCAUUAUCGCGUCAGUCGCAGCCGACUGCAGCCCAGUCCAACAACAAUAAUGCGCUCCUUUUCGGAACAUCCCGAGCCACGAACGGCGCCAAACCCAACGAUCCGCUACAACCGCUGCGCGCAAUGGCCGAACGUGUAGGGAAAGAGGUAGAGAAGUUCGCGGAGCGGGUAGACCAUUGGCAUGUCCAUGGCAACGAAUCGAAGAAAGCCAAAUACCAGACCACGGUCAAGCUGGUCGGCAAGUUCCAAGACGUUGCGGAAUCACACGUGAAGGAGUUGAAGCGAACGACCGAAGCAGAGAACAAGGGAAGCCUCAGCAAGACUGUUCGUCGACAAAUACAGACUAUGGCAGAUGCGUCAGACAACCCAGGCCAGAGUCUGUUUGGCCAAUCGUCCCAAUCAGUCAUUUCGUCCAUCGAACCGAACGCCGCCUCCGUCUCCGCGAAUGUUCGAGAACUACGAGAAUGGCAGGCUGAGCUUGCGACAUGGAAACUGUUGAAGCUGGUCAUCGAACAUUACAACCCCGAGCCUGGCACCGAUUCUGCUGCCGAGAAGCAAGCGCAACUGGAAGAGGUUGGGGGAACUGCAAGAUACUGCAAGAAUAGUGAGAUCUGGGAUCGUUUUCUGCUGGAGGAUGACCAGGCGAAAGAGAAGGCGCUUGUCCUUCGCUGGUUGGAACAAACAGCGCGCGACAGUGACAGCGACGUCAAGGCGAUUAUUACAGGGCUCGAGGAACACUCCGGAAAGGGCGCGCACACAUGGACCAGCGGAUGGUUGGAGACCAAGACAAAGAUCAAGCAGGCGAAGCGCAUGGACGACAUAGACCAACCUCUGAAGCCGAUCAACUCGAAUCUUAAGACCUCAGACAGGACCGCGAACCUCGUUACCCAACUGGACCCGGACGCUCUUUCUAGGCAAAAGCGCGCACUCGAACGGAGCGACGAGUACUACGAGCGCUCUCUCUGGAUGGUCGCAUAUGAAAUGAUGCGACGGGGACUUCCUUGGAAGACAAUCGUCGACUGGUGCUACGAGCGAAACGAGUCGUGGCGCGGUGUUAGCAUUGGAGCUGCAUACGAGGGCCAUCCUGAAGGUGGCCCGAACGUCGCAGGGCCGACAGUUGGUUAUCUGUUCCGUCGCAUGUGCUUCUACGCCGCAAGGGGUGCUCGGAUACCAUACGAAGGCGCUGUAUAUGGGCUGUUAAGUGGAGACUUGAAGCAAGUACAGACGGUCUGCAGGUCUUGGGACGACCAUCUGCAUGCGCACUACAACGCACUUCUUCUGUCGCGAUUCGACUCAUAUCUCCAGAAGAAGCACCCGAAUCGAGUGACAGAGAGCAUGACUCAGAAGUUUCUGUUCCAGGACGCCGUCGCGAAUAUCGGAGAAUGGGAGAAAUCACCGGAAAAGGUGAUGAGCCUUCUGAAGCAGCAGAAGAGCACAGCAGCGCAAGCGGUCUCUCCGAUCAAACUUAUCCAGAGCGCGCUAAUUAGCAGAGACGCUGAUGAACUGAUGCUGAAGGUCGGUGUGGCUAUUGCAGACAUGUUCGACAAGGACGAGCGACCUCACAGUCUCAUCAUACACCCAGACUCACCAGAAGAGGACCGAAGCCCAAUACCCGCCGGAGACCAUCGCACAUACCACGCAGAGCCAUAUUACCAGGCCCUUGCAAAAGAUCCACACGCUUUCCGCAUUAUUGUCCACAUCUUCAUUGUCCUUCGCAACGGAUUACACACGCUUUUCGAGGAUACACACCAGGACAAGAAAUUCUUAGCUAUGGACAAUGUCAUCACAGCUUAUAUCGAAUUCUUGCGCCUCACCAAACGAUUCGAUACUAUACCACUAUACGCCGCGCAACUCAUCCCCGAACGAGCAGCCUACAGCCUUGCGCGCGUGCUUCCCGAUAUCAAGAACAGCUCUGAGCAACGACACUCCGUUGCGCUGAUGGAGUCAUACCGGAUUGAUGUUGUCCAGGUCAUUUCGCAGAGCUUCACGUUUGCUUCGCGGGAUAGUGGAUUUACGCACUUCACCAACGAUGGCUAUGGCGUUAUCACCAACCCUAUCAGGCGGUUUAACAUAUUGGAGAAGAUUACACUUCCGACCGAGCAGCUGCUAUGGCCAGGCGUGCGUGUCAAGCGCACAUUCGACGGUGCUGAAAUAAGCCCACAAGACGAGGUUGUUAUCGAUUCGGUGCAAUGGUACAGCUAUGUCGCAAAGGAUUUCGAGAAGACGUUUGCACACUUGCAGAGCGCGCUGAUCAUCUUCCUUCUCAAUGGUCGGCUUGCCGCCGCUGAGAAGGUCAUCGGCGAUCUUAGCGUCGAGACACUGUCUCUUUCUAGGACAGAAGCCCUGCUCGGCUACCCCUUCGAUUUCACAAUGCCAGGAGCAGAGGAGCAGGAUGAGCAGCGAUUGCAUGAACACCGUGACAACCUGUCUACUGCUGACCGAGCCGCCGCUAUUCCCAUGGCUAAACUGCCCAGCGCAGACCGGCACAGGAGGACGGUGAACGCGAUGCGUCAGAGUAGCACUUCAUACUACACACUUCAGCAGAUUGUGCGCUUACUGGUCCUCUUCCGUGAAUGGCGUGAAGAGGAGCAGACACUCAUCCAAAUCCGCGCCGAACGCAAGAAAGACGGGGCCUCUGCGAAACACAAGCCCGAUAUCCAACGCACGAGAGCGCUCCUAGACUCGAUAUCAAACGUCUUCGACACCCUCAUCCCCGCCAUCUCCGAUGCCUCCGCCGCCGAUCCUGAACACCUCACAAGUAAGACCUGGGAGUUGAUGAAGGCCUACAUACCAGACAUGAUUCUCGCAUACCUCUCAGUCCUGCAAGCAGCGGCUUGGUUCCUGAACAAGGACCCCGCGAUCAAGGCUAUGGAGGUAGCUGUUGUAGUAGCGGAUAGGAGUAACGAGUGGGUGCAGAGGUGUCUGUUAGAGACAGGCAGGAUGAGCGAAGUACUGGAGUGCUUGGCGGCUGUGUCGAAAUGUAUGUUGAAGUUGACCGAAGGUGGCAAGGAGAAGGGCAAUAAGAAGAGGGGCGGAAAGGGCGAGACGCUCAGGUUGUGGGAUCUGGGUGCACGAUAG